GUGACAGGCCCGAGCCGGGGGCGUCCGCGCGCGCGCCGGCGCGGAUCCACAAGCGGCGAGCGCAGUUUCGGAGCCCGGCGCGGCUCGCGGUCCUCCCGCCCCCUCGGUUUGAGUUUCGGUGGCGCGCUGGGCGUGUGCGUGUGCGCGCGCGCGUGCGCGUGCGGCGGCGAAGGGGCGGGGCGAGCGAGGGACCCGCUGCCGCCGAGAGGGGCUCCGGCGCUCCGGCUCCGCAGUCGCACAACCCUCAGCCCGGCGGGCGCGGAGCGGAGCGCUGACAGGCGCCGUCCCGAGCCGCCGCGGGCGCAGCCCCAGCCCGGCGCCGGCGUCCCCGCCUCCUCCUCCGCCGACGGCGAAGGAGAAAGGGGACCGGCCGCCCCCCAGUCUAAAGCCUUGCGGAUUACAAAGUGAAACUGACCCGGGACAAUAAAAUCAAAGCUAAGCAGGGCAGGGGCGAGGCUCCCUGCAGUGGGCUUCCGACGGGGCCGCCGGAGCACGGUCCCCGCGGCAUGCUAAGGGGAGGGGACGCGGGGACCGCACGCCUCUGCCGCCCGACCCCCGCGAGGCCGAGAAGAAAGGGAGACCUGCGCCCGCUGUGGAUGUACAAACAUGGGUCGGCGGGCGCCCGGGCGGAGGUAAACUGAAACAUGCCGAGGAGCGCUGCACGGUGCCCGCGCCCGCAGCAGGGCCGGGGGCGGCGGCUGCCGGAGCAGGAGGACGCGGCUGAGCGCUCGCGGGCACCGGAGCCCUAGCGCCCGCGCCGGGAACGCGGUUCGCCCGCCGCCCGCGAGCCGCCGCCGCCUGGGCCUCGGCGGCCGCUCCUGCCGCCCCUAUUCCUGAGUGGGGACUGGAGGAGACCCCAGGUCUCCAGCUCUGGGGGAAGGAACUCGCCGACCUCCCGGCUCCAUCCCGCCGCUCCCGGUGCUCAGUUGUCCUUCCCGCCCCAGUUGCUUGGCCGCCGGUAAGUUCCAAAGUUUCUGAAGUCGAGCGAGGUUUGCAGUGGUCGCUGAUACACCUUAAAGACGGGCCACUUCUCGCAGCUCACAUCCACCCGGGCGAAAACGCUCAGACUUUCCAGAUUCUGAAACAACGUGAAGGGGGAACUAGAGGAGGUUUGAGAAACUUUCCUGGAACUAACUCAUCAGCGCACAGGAGCGUCCCGCGGAAUGCCCUGCCGCCUUGGGUCCCCGCAUCUCUCUGGCACGAAGUGUCCAAAUGGCUACCUGGAACCGUUCGCUGAGGCCACUUGCUUCUGCUGGGCUGGCGGUUCUUUGAUAUAGCAGAGCGCUCAGACAGGGCCAUCGGCUGCAUACUGGCUGGAACUGCUGAAUCCCGGUCACCAGCGUGCUUUGCCUCCCCUCUUCCUUCUCUUGACCACACCGUUCCCGGGAGCCAGGACCAUGGACGUGGCCGCAGGUCGGGCUCCUGGCCGCCCGUGGCUCGCGCUGCCCACCCCCUCAGCACUCCAGCUCCUUCGCGUCUUGGGGCUGCUGUCCUUGCUCCCUGGGCCGGCCCGGGUCGGCGGGGCCGAGCAGCGCCAGGUGUUCCAAGUGCUGGAGGAGCAGCCCCCAGGCACACUGGUGGGCACCAUCCAGACGCGCCCCGGCUUCACCUACCGGCUCAGCGAAAGCCACGCCCUGUUUGCCAUAAACAGCAGCACGGGGACCCUGUACACCACCGCCACCAUCGACCGCGAGAGCCUGCCCAGUGACGUGAUCAACCUGGUGGUCCUUUCCAGCUCGCCCACCUACCCCACCGAGGUGCGAGUGCUGGUGUGGGACCUGAAUGACAACGCCCCCGUCUUUCCGGACCCCUCGAUCGUGGUCACUUUCAAGGAGGACAGUAGCAGCGGGCGCCAAGUCAUCUUGGAUACGGCCACCGACUCGGACAUCGGCUCCAAUGGCGUGGACCACCGCUCCUACCGCAUCAUCCAGGGCAACGAGGCGGGUCGCUUCCGCCUGGAUAUCACCCUGAACCCCAGCGGUGAGGGCGCCUUCCUGCAUCUGGUGUCCAAGGGCGGGCUGGACCGCGAGGUCACGCCGCAGUACCAGCUACUUGUGGAGGUGGAGGACAAGGGCGAGCCCAAGCGGCGGGGCUACCUCCAGGUGAACGUGACUGUGCAAGACAUUAACGACAACCCCCCGGUGUUUGGCAGUUCCCACUACCAGGCGGGGGUGCCUGAGGACGCGGCGGUGGGCUCCAGCGUCCUCCAGGUGGCGGCGGCGGACGCGGACGAGGGCACCAACGCGGACAUCCGCUAUCGGCUGCAGGACGAGGGGACCCCCUUCCAAAUAGACCCCGAAACGGGGCUUAUCACGGUGCGGGAGCCCCUGGACUUUGAGGCCCGGCGCCAGUACUCGCUGACGGUGCAGGCUCUGGACCGAGGCGUGCCUUCCCUGACCGGGCGCGCAGGGGCGCUGAUUCAGCUGCUGGAUGUCAACGACAACGACCCCGUGGUGAAAUUCCGCUACUUCCCUGCCACCUCGCGCUACGCCUCGGUGGAUGAGAACGCGCAGGUGGGCACAGUGGUGGCUCUGCUCACCGUGACGGACGCAGACUCCCCCGCGGCCAACGGGAACAUCUCUGUGCAGAUUCUUGGGGGCAACGAGCAGCGCCACUUUGAGGUGCAGAGCAGCAAAGUGCCCAACCUGAGCCUCAUCAAGGUGGCCAGUGCCCUGGACCGCGAGCGUAUCCCUUCUUACAACCUGACAGUUUCCGUCUCGGAUAACUACGGGGCGCCCCCUGCCGCCGCGGCCCAGGCACGCUCCUCUGUGGCGAGCCUGGUGAUUUUCGUCAAUGACAUCAACGACCACCCCCCUGUCUUCGCACAGCAAGUGUACAGAGUGAACCUGAGCGAGGAGGCGCCCCCGGGAAGCUAUGUGAGUGGAGUGUCGGCCACCGAUGGCGACUCCGGCCUCAAUGCUAAUCUGCGUUACAGCAUCGUCUCUGGCAAUGGACUAGGCUGGUUCCAUAUCAGUGAACACAGCGGCCUGGUGACCACCGGGGCCGCUGGGGGCUUGGACCGUGAACUUGCAUCCCAGAUUGUACUGAAUAUCAGUGCUCGGGACCAGGGCGUGCACCCCAAGGUUUCCUACGCCCAGCUGGUAGUAACUCUCCUGGACGUGAAUGAUGAAAAGCCGGUGUUUAGCCAGCCAGAGGGGUAUGAUGUGUCUGUGGUGGAGAAUGCCCCAACAGGGACAGAACUAUUGGUGCUCGGGGUGACUGAUGGGGACCUGGGUGACAAUGGGACAGUGCGCUUCUCCCUACAGGAGGCUGAGACUGACCAGAGGUCCUUCCGUCUGGAUCCGGUGUCUGGGAGGCUGAGCACUGUCUCCUCCUUGGACAGAGAGGAGCAAGCUUUCUACUCCCUGUUGGUCCUGGCCACGGACCUGGGCUCCCCUCCCCAGUCCUCAGUGGCUCGCAUAAACGUCAGUCUCCUGGAUGUGAAUGACAACAGCCCUGUGUUCUACCCAGUCCAGUACUUUGCUCAUAUUCAGGAGAACGAGCCUGGAGGUAGCUACAUCACCACAGUGUCUGCCACUGACCCCGACCUGGGUCUCAAUGGAACUGUCAAAUACAGUAUAUCAGCUGGGGACAGGUCUCGGUUUCAGGUUAAUGCUCAGAGCGGGGUGAUUUCUACAAGAAUGGCCCUAGACAGAGAAGAAAAAACAACUUACCAGUUGCAAAUAGUGGCUACUGAUGGUGGCAAUUUACAGUCUCCCAACCAGGCGAUAGUGACCAUUACUGUGCUGGACACUCAGGACAAUCCACCUGUGUUCAGCCAGGCUGCCUACAGCUUCGUGGUCUUUGAGAAUGUGGCUCUGGGAUAUCAUGUGGGUAGUGUGUCUGCAUCCACCAUGGACCUCAAUUCCAACAUCAGUUAUCUCAUUACUACUGGGGAUCAGAAAGGUAUGUUUGCUAUCAACCAGGUCACUGGGCAGCUUACCACAGCAAGUGUGAUUGACAGAGAAGAGCAAUCCUUUUAUCGGCUGAAAGUAGUGGCCAGUGGGGGCACGGUGACUGGAGAUGCUCUGGUUAACAUAACAGUUAAGGAUUUGAAUGACAACUCUCCCCAUUUCCUUCAGGCAGUAGAGAGUGUGAAUGUGGUGGAGAAUUGGCAGGCAGGCCACAGCAUUUUCCAAGCCAAAGCUGUGGACCCUGAUGAAGGUGUCAAUGGCAUGGUGCUCUAUAGCCUGAAGCAAAAUCCCAAGAACCUGUUCACUAUCAAUGAAAAGAAUGGUAGCAUUAGUCUGCUAGGGCCCCUGGAUGUCCACGCUGGUUCCUACCAGAUAGAGAUCCUGGCAUCUGAUAUGGGCGUCCCACAGCUCUCCUCUAGUUUCAUCUUAACAGUGUAUGUCCACGAUGUAAAUGACAACCCACCAGUGUUUGACCAGCUCUCUUAUGAGGUCACCCUUUCUGAGUCAGAACCUGUGAAUUCUCGAUUCUUUAAAGUGCGAGCUUUUGAUAAGGAUUCAGGAGCGAAUGGUGAAAUUGCAUACAGCAUUGCUGAAGGAAAUACAGGGGAUGCUUUUGGCAUAUUCCCAGAUGGUCAAUUGUAUAUUAAAAGUGAACUGGACCGUGAACUUCAAGACAGAUAUGUUUUACUGGUUGUUGCUUCUGACAGAGCAGUGGAACCCCUUAGUGCUACUGUGAAUGUUACUGUAAUUCUAGAAGAUGUAAAUGAUAACAGGCCUCUUUUUAACAGUACCAAUUACACAUUUUACUUUGAAGAGGAGCAGAAAUCUGGGUCAUUUGUGGGCAAAGUAAGUGCUGUAGAUAAAGACUUUGGGCCCAAUGGAGAAGUGAGGUAUUCUUUUGAAAUGGUGCAGCCCGAGUUUGAGUUGCAUGCUGUUAGUGGGGAGAUUACAAAUACUCAUCAGUUUGACAGGGAGUCUCUUAUGAGGCGCAGAGGGACUGCAGUGUUUAGCUUCACAGUCAUUGCAACAGAUCAGGGGCUCCCACAGCCUCUCAAGGAUCAGGCCACAGUACAUGUUUACAUGAAGGAUAUAAAUGAUAAUGCUCCCAAAUUUGUGAAGGACUUUUACCAAGCUACAAUAUCUGAGUCGGCAGCCAACCUGACACAGGUAUUAAGAGUGUCUGCCUCAGAUGUUGAUGAAGGUAAUAAUGGACUCAUUCAUUAUUCUGUAAUAAAAGGAAAUGAAGAAAGACAGUUUGCUGUAGACAGCACUUCUGGUCAGGUGACACUAAUUGGGAAAUUAGACUAUGAAGCCACACCUGCCUAUUCCCUGGUGAUUCAAGCAGUGGAUUCAGGGGCAGUCUCCCUCAAUUCAACCUGUACUUUAAAUAUUGCUAUUUUAGAUGAAAAUGACAAUACCCCUUCUUUCCCUAAAUCAACACUAUUUGUUGAUGUUUUGGAAAACAUGAGAAUUGGUGAACUCGUGUCCUCUGUAACUGCAACUGAUUCUGAUUCGGGUGACAAUGCUGAUUUACACUACAGUAUUACUGGGACUAACAACCAUGGAACUUUUAGCAUUAGCCCAAACACUGGGAGUAUUUUUCUGGCCAAAAAAUUGGACUUUGAAACACAGUCUUUGUACAAAUUAAAUAUAACAGCCAAAGACCAAGGAAGGCCUCCUCGUUCAUCGACAAUGUCAGUGGUGAUACAUGUGAGGGACUUCAAUGACAACCCACCUAGCUUUCCUCCGGGAGAUAUUUUCAAGUCUAUUGUUGAGAACAUUCCCAUUGGAACGUCUGUCAUUUCAGUGACUGCCCAUGACCCCGAUGCGGACAUUAAUGGGCAGCUAUCCUAUGCAAUCAUUCAGCAGAUGCCAAGGGGCAACCACUUCAGCAUAGAUGAAGUCAAGGGCACUAUAUAUACUAAUGCUGAAAUAGAUCGGGAAUUUGCGAAUCUCUUUGAGUUAACUGUAAAAGCCAAUGAUCAAGCUGUGCCUAUGGAAACUAGACGGUAUGCUUUGAAAAAUGUGACCAUUUUGGUUACGGACCUCAAUGACAAUGUCCCAAUGUUUAUAUCACAAAAUGCCCUUGCUGCAGACCCCUCAGCUGUGAUUGGUUCUGUUCUGACGACCAUCAUGGCUGCUGACCCAGAUGAAGGUGCUAAUGGGGAGGUGGAGUAUGAGAUCAUCAAUGGGGAUACAGACACCUUCGUUGUGGAUCGUUUCAGUGGAGACCUGAGAGUGGCGUCAGCGCUGGUGCCUUCACAGCUCAUCUAUAACCUCAUAGUUUCAGCAACAGACCUUGGCCCUGAAAGGAGGAAAUCAACCACUGAAUUGACUGUCAUUCUUCAGGGCCUUGAUGGACCCGUGUUUACUCAACCCAAAUAUAUAACUAUUUUGAAGGAAGGAGAACCCAUUGGCACCAAUGUAAUAUCAAUAGAAGCAGCCAGCCCUAGAGGAUCGGAAGCCCCAGUGGAGUAUUAUAUUGUUUCAGUGCGUUGUGAAGAAAAAACCGUGGGACGUCUCUUUACUAUUGGACGACAGACUGGCAUAAUUCAGACCGCAGCCAUUCUGGACCGGGAGCAAGGAGCAUGUCUUUACCUGGUGGAGGUUUAUGCCAUAGAAAAAUCAACUGCUUUUCCCAGAACACAGAGAGCAGAGGUAGAAAUAACACUUCAGGAUAUCAAUGACAAUCCACCUGUAUUUCCAACGGACAUGCUGGAUUUGACCGUAGAGGAGAACAUUGGAGACGGCUCUAAAAUUAUGCAACUGACAGCCAUGGAUGCGGAUGAGGGUGCGAAUGCUCUGGUCACGUACACCAUCAUUAGUGGAGCUGACGACAGUUUCCGCAUUGACCCUGAAUCUGGGGACCUGAUAGCGACCAAGAGAUUAGACAGAGAACGCCGUUCCAAGUACUCCCUGCUGGUUCGUGCAGAUGAUGGUCUGCAGUCCUCGGAUAUGAGAAUUAACAUCACCGUCAGUGAUGUGAAUGACCACACGCCCAAGUUCUCCAGACCUGUGUACUCUUUCGACAUCCCAGAAGACACAACCCCAGGUUCUUUGGUAGCAGCUAUUUUAGCUACAGAUGAUGACUCUGGUGUGAACGGAGAAAUUACAUACGUUGUGAAUGAAGAUGAUGAAGAUGGCAUAUUUUUCCUGAAUCCAGUUACUGGAGUCUUUAACUUGACUCGAAUAUUAGAUUAUGAAUCACAGCAAUAUUAUAUCCUCACUGUUCGAGCUGAAGAUGGUGGGGGACAAUUUACCACCAUCAGGGUUUAUUUCAAUAUACUAGAUGUAAACGAUAAUCCACCUAUUUUCAGCUUGAAUUCGUAUAGCACAUCUUUAAUGGAGAAUCUCCCUCUAGGAUCUACUGUUCUUGUGUUCAAUGUUACCGAUGUAGAUGAUGGGAUCAACUCCCAGCUGGCUUAUAGCAUCGCUUCGGGGGACAGCCUGGGGCAGUUUGCAGUGGACCAGGACGGUGUGCUGACGGUUCUGAAUGCGUUGGAUCGGGAAAGUCAGUCCUUCUACAACCUGGUCGUCCAGGUGCAUGACCUGCCACAACCCCCAGCCCCCAGGUUCACCAGCACAGCUCAAGUCUCCAUUAUUUUAUUGGAUGUCAAUGAUAACCCACCAGCCUUCCUUUCCCCGAAGCUGACAUAUGUCCCAGAAAACACACCUAUUGAUACGAUUGUUUUCAAAGCUCAAGCAACUGACCCAGACAGUGGCCCAAACAGUUAUAUUGAGUACACCCUGCUGGACCCCUUGGGGAGCAAGUUUGGUAUCGGGACCAUCGAUGGGGAAGUGAGGCUUGCUGGAGAAUUGGACCGAGAAGAGGUUUCGAACUAUACUCUGACCGUGGUGGCUACAGACAAGGGUCAGCCCCCUCUCUCUUCAUCCACAGAGGUUGUGCUGAUGGUACUUGACAUCAAUGAUAACAGCCCUGUUUUUGCGCAGACUUCAUAUAAAGUGGAGAUUAAUGAAAACACACUUACUGGAACGGAUAUCAUACAUGUCUGCGCGACAGACAGCGAUGAAGGGACCAAUGGGCAGGUUCGUUAUGGCAUCGUUGACGGUAACGCCAAUCAGGAAUUUCGGAUCGACUCAGUCACAGGUGCCAUCACUGUGGUGAAGCCAUUGGAUAGAGAAAGGACCCCAACUUACUUUUUGACUGUCCAGGCAACAGAUCGGGGCAGUACCCCCAGAACUGAUACUUCCAUUGUCAGCAUUGUUCUACUGGAUAUUAAUGAUUUUGUUCCCAUAUUUGAGCUAUCUCCAUAUUCUGUAAAUGUCCCUGAGAAUUUAGGGACUCUGCCUAGAACAAUUCUUCAGGUGGUAGCGAGAGAUGAUGAUCAGGGUUCUAACAGCAAAGUCUCCUAUGUCCUACUCGGUAGUAAUGAAGACAGCGCGUUUACCCUCUCAGCUAGUGGAGAACUUCGGGUAACACAGAGUUUGGACCGGGAAACCGAGGAGCACUUUGUCUUGAUGAUCACAGCUACGGAUUCAGGAUCCCCUGCCCUGACUGGAACUGGAACAAUCAAUGUCAUAGUAGAUGACGUCAAUGACAAUGUCCCCACUUUUGCCAGUAAAAUGUAUUUCACCACAAUCCCUGAAGAUGCACCGACAGGAACAGACGUUUUGUUGGUAAAUGCCUCGGAUGCUGAUGCUUCAACAAACGCAGUUAUCAGUUAUAGCAUCAUCGGGGGAAACUCUCAGUUCACCAUCAACCCAUCCACAGGACAGAUCAUCACCAGCGCCUUGCUCGACAGGGAAACAAAAGAGAAUUAUACUUUAGUGGUCGUCUCCAGUGACGCUGGGUCCCCGCAGCCUCUUUCCAGCUCCACCAGCGUGCUCGUCACUGUGACCGAUGUCAACGACAACCCCCCGAGGUUUCAGCAUCACCCAUAUGUCACACACAUCCCGUCUCCUACUUCUCCAGGUUCCUUCGUCUUUGCGGUCACAGUCACAGAUGCUGACACUGGACCCAAUUCUGAACUGCAUUAUUCUCUCUCGGGUAGAAACUCUGAAAAAUUUCACAUUGACCCACUGAGGGGAGCUAUUAUGGCAGCUGGGCCACUAAACGGAGCUUCAGAAGUGACAUUUUCUGUGCAUGUAAAAGACGGUGGCUCCUUUCCAAAGACAGAUUCUACCACAGUGACAGUUAGAUUUGUGAACAAGGCCGAUUUCCCUAAAGUCAGAGCCAAAGAACAAACUUUCAUGUUUCCUGAAAACCAACCCGUGGGCACUCACGUCACCACCAUCACAGGGUCCUCCUUGAGAGGAGAACCUUUGUCCUAUUUUAUUGCAAGUGGGAAUCUUGGCAAUACAUUCCAAAUCGAUCAAUUAACAGGACAGGUGUCCAUUAGUCAACCUCUGGAUUUUGAAAAGAUACAAAAAUAUGUUGUAUGGAUAGAGGCCAGAGAUGGUGGUUUCCCUCCCUUCUCCUCUUAUGAGAAACUUGACAUAACCGUGUUAGAUGUCAAUGAUAAUUCCCCCAUUUUCAAGGAAGAUCCAUUUGUAGCUGAAAUAUUGGAAAAUCUGUCUCCUCGAAAAAUACUUACUGUCUCAGCCAUGGACAAGGACAGUGGACCAAAUGGACAGUUAGAUUAUGAAAUCGUGAGUGGCAACAAAGAACAUAGCUUCAGCAUCAGUCAUGCUACUGGGGAAAUUAGAAGCACUCGACCUUUAGACAGGGAAAAAAUACCUCAGUAUGUACUCACCAUUAAGUCCUCAGACAAAGGCUCCCCUUCUCAGAGCACCUCAGUAAAAGUCAUCAUUAACAUUUUAGACGAAAAUGACAAUGCCCCUAGGUUCUCUCAAAUAUUCAGUGCCUAUGUUCCUGAAAGUUCCCCAUUAGGAUUCACAGUUACACGCGUCACGACUUCUGAUGAAGAUGUUGGUAUAAAUGCAAUUAGUAGAUACUCAAUAAUGGACAAAAGUCUCCCAUUUACCAUUAAUCCCAGCACGGGGGAUAUUGUCAUUAGCAGACCUUUAAACAGAGAAGAUACGGACCGUUACAGAAUCCGCGUUUCUGCACAUGACUCUGGGUGGACUGUGAGUACAGACGUCACGAUAUUUGUGACGGACGUCAAUGACAAUGCCCCAAGGUUUAGCAGACCCUCCUAUUAUUUAGAUUGCCCUGAACUUACUGAAAUUGGCUCCAAAGUGACUCAGGUGUCAGCAACAGAUCCUGAUGAGGGCUCAAAUGGACAAGUGUUCUAUUUUAUAAAAUCCCAAUCAGAGUAUUUCAGGAUUAAUGCCACCACAGGGGAGAUUUUCAAUAAACAGGUCUUAAAAUACCAAAAUGUCAGUGGCUUCAGUAAUGUGAACAUCAACAGACACAGUUUCAUAGUGACAGCCUCAGACCGGGGUAAUCCUUCCUUACUUAGUGAGACAACCGUCACCAUCAACGUGGUGGACAGCAAUGACAAUGCACCUCGGUUUCUUAAAACAAAGUAUUUUACUCCAGUCACCAAAAAUGUCAAAGUUGGUACAAAGUUAAUCAAAGUUACUGCAGUAGAUGAUAAAGAUUUUGGGCUGAAUUCUGAAGUGGAGUAUUUUGUUGCCAGUGAAAAUCACUUGGGGAAAUUUAAAUUGGACAACAAGACAGGGUGGAUUUCAGUAGCAUCUUCCCUAAUUUCUGAUCUGAAUCAAAACUUUUUGAUAACCAUCACGGCAAAGGAUAAAGGGAACCCUCCCCUUUCCUCCCAAGCAACUGUUCAAAUAAUUGUUACUGAGGAGAACUACCAUACUCCUGAAUUCUCCCAAAGCCACGUGAGUGCCACCAUUCCCGAAAGCCACAGUGUCGGGGCCAUUGUCAGGACGGUGUCUGCCAGAGACAGAGAUGCAGCGAUGAACGGCUUGAUUAGGUACAGCAUCUCCGCAGGAAAUGAGGACGGCGUUUUUGCCAUCAAUGCCUCCACGGGUAUACUAACCCUCGCCAAAGCCCUUGAUUACGAGCUCUGCCAGAAACACGAGAUGACUGUCAGUGCUACAGAUGGAGGGUGGGUCGCAAGAACCGGUUACUGCAGGGUGACUGUCAACGUGGUUGACGUGAACGAUAAUUCUCCCGUCUUCCUGCCUGAUGAGUACUUCCCUGCUGUUUUGGAAAACGCCCCGAGCGGGACCACAGUGAUCCACCUAAAUGCCACCGACGCUGACUCUGGAACCAAUGCUGUGAUCGCAUACACUGUACAGGCAUCCGACAGCGACCUCUUUGUCAUUGACCCCAACACAGGUGUCAUCACCACUCAGGGCUUCUUGGAUUUUGAAACCAAGCAGAGCUACCACCUCACUGUGAAAGCCUUCAAUGUCCCCGAUGAAGAACGGUGCAGCUUCGCCACUGUCAACAUCCAGUUAAAAGGGACAAAUGAAUACGUGCCUCGUUUUGUUUCCAAACUGUACUACUUUGAAGUCUCAGAAGCGGCCCCGAGAGGCACGGUUGUUGGAGAAGUGUUUGCCAGUGACAGGGAUUUGGGCACCGAUGGGGAGGUACACUACUUGAUUUUUGGAAACAGCAGGAAGAAGGGUUUUCAGAUCAAUCAGAAGACUGGACAAAUUUAUGUUUCUGGACUCCUUGAUAGAGAAAAAGAAGAGAGGUUAUCUUUGAAGGUACUGGCCAAGAAUUUUGGCAGCAUUAGAGGUGCAGACAUAGACGAGGUCACAGUGAAUAUCACCGUGCUUGAUGCCAACGACCCACCCAUUUUCAGUCUGAACAUCUACAGCGUUCAGAUCAGCGAAGGGGUCCCGACGGGAACCCACGUGACCUUUGUCAGUGCCUUCGACUCAGACUCUGUCCCCAGCUGGAGCAGGUUUUCCUACUUCAUCGGGUCAGGGAAUGAAAACGGUGCCUUUUCCAUCAACCCACAGACAGGACAGAUCACGGUAACUGCAGAAUUAGAUCGAGAAACCCUCCCCAUCUAUAACCUCACGGUUUUGGCUGUUGAUUCCGGGAUACCCUCAGCCACAGGGAGCGCCUCCCUGUUAGUCACCCUGGAGGACAUAAACGACAAUGGGCCUGUGUUGACCGUCGGUGAAGGAGAAGUUAUGGAGAACAAACGCCCAGGAACUCUGGUGAUGACUCUUCAGUCCACUGACCCCGAUCUCCCGCCGAAUCAAGGCCCCUUUACCUAUUAUUUGCUGAGCACAGGCCCAGCCACCAAUUAUUUCAGUCUGAACACUGCUGGGGUUCUGAGCACCACCAGAGAGAUCGACAGGGAGCAGAUUGCAGACUUCUACCUGUCGGUGGUCACUCGAGAUUCCGGGGUACCUCAGAUGUCUUCCACAGGCACGGUGCACAUCACAGUCAUAGACCAAAACGACAAUCCUUCGCAGUCUCGCACGGUGGAGAUAUUUGUGAAUUACUACGGCAACUUGUUUCCUGGCGGGAUUUUGGGCUCCGUGAAGCCCCAGGACCCGGACGUGUUAGACACCUUCCACUGCUCCCUCACCUCGGGAGUGACAAGCCUCUUCAGUAUCCCCAGGGGAACCUGCGAUCUGAGCUCCCAGCCGAGGUCCACAGACGGCACGUUUGACCUGACGGUCCUCAGCGACGACGGCGUGCACAGCGCAGUCACGAGCAGCGUCCGGGUUUUCUUUGCGGGCUUCUCCAACGCCACGGUGGACAGCAGCAUCCUCCUGCGGCUCGGCGCGCCCACGGUGAAGGACUUCCUGACGAACCACUACCUUCACUUCCUGCGCAUCGCCAGCUCCCAGCUCACGGGCCUGGGCACCGCCGUGCAGCUCUACGGGGCCUAUGAGGACAACAACAGGACGUUCCUCUUGGCGGCCGUGAAGCGGGGCGGCAGUCAGUACGUGAGCCCCAGUGGCGUGGCCACCUUCUUUGAGAGCAUCAAGGAGCUCCUGCUCCGGCAGAGCGGGGUGAAGGUGGAGGCCGUGGACCAGGACGCCUGUGUGCGCGGCCCGUGUCAGAACGGAGGCAGCUGCGUCCGCCGGCUGGCCGUGAGCGCCGCGGUGAAGAGCCAGGAGAGCCUCCCGGUCAUCCUGGUGGCCAACGAGCCUUUGCGGCCGUUCCUGUGCAAGUGUCUGCCCGGUUACGCCGGGAGCUGGUGUGAGGUAGACAUAGACGAAUGCCUUCCGUCUCCUUGCCACAAUGGUGGGACCUGCCACAACCUGGUGGGAGGGUUUUCGUGCAGCUGCCUGGAUGGCUUCACAGGAAGGGCCUGUGAGCGAGACGUCAAUGAGUGCCUGCCUAGUCCUUGCAAGAAUGGUGCUGUCUGCCAGAAUUUCCCAGGGAGCUUCAACUGUGUUUGCAAAACCGGAUACACAGGGAAAAUGUGUGAAUCUUCAGUCAAUUACUGUGAAUGCAACCCCUGCUUUAAUGGCGGUUCCUGCCAAAGUGGUGUGGAGUCCUACUACUGCCACUGUCCGUUUGGUGUCUUUGGAAAACACUGCGAGUUGAAUAGUUAUGGAUUUGAGGAGUUAUCAUACAUGGAAUUUCCCAGCUUGGAUCCCAAUAACAACUAUAUUUAUGUCAAAUUUGCAACUAUUAAAAGCCAUGCUCUAUUGCUUUACAACUAUGACAACCAGACAGGGGACCGGGCUGAGUUUUUGGCCCUUGAAAUUGCUGAAGAAAGACUAAGAUUCUCUUAUAAUUUAGGCAGCAGUACCUAUAAACUCACCACCAUGAAAAAGGUGUCGGAUGGACAUUUUCACACUGUGAUUGCCCGGAGAGCAGGGAUGGUUUUUACACGAAACAUUCUGCUGCGAUCUAUCAUGUUGGCACUAACGUACUUUUCUCACUUAUGGAGGACGCUUGAUGUUCAGCCAAAUCGAGCUUCAGUUGGAGGCAUCAGGUCUCUCGAGCCGGUCCUGCAGAGGCGAGGACACGUGGAAAGCCACGACUUUGUCGGGUGCAUAAUGGAGUUUGCAGUCAAUGGGCGACCCCUGGAACCCAGUCAAGCUCUGGCAGCGCAAGGCAUCCUAGAUCAAUGUCCUAGACUGGAAGGCGCAUGUACGCGCAGCCCCUGCCAGCAUGGUGGCACGUGCACGGAUUACUGGUCGUGGCAGCAGUGUCACUGCAAAGAAGGACUGACAGGGAAAUACUGUGAGAAAUCUGUGACUCCUGACACUGCCCUGUCGUUAGAAGGCAGAGGGCGCCUGGACUACCACAUGAGUCAGAACGAGAAGCGAGAAUACUUAUUAAGACAGAGCAUACGAGGUGCCAUGUUGGAGCCUUUUGGUGUGAACCGUCUGGAAGUAAAAUUCAGGACAAGAAGCGAAAAUGGCAUUUUAAUCCAUAUCCAAGAAAGCAGCAAUUACACUACUGUGAAGAUCAAGAAUGGCAAAGUACAUUUCACAUCGGAUGCAGGAAUUGCUGGGAAAGUGGAGAGGAACAUUCCAGAAGUGUAUGUGGCAGAUGGUCACUGGCACACUUUCCUAAUUGGGAAAAAUGGAACGGCCACAGUGUUGUCCAUCGACAGAGUGUACACCAGGGACGUGACCCACCCCACUCAGGACUUCGGUGGCCUCGAUGUGCUCACUAUAUCCCUUGGAGGAAUUCCACCCAACCAAGCUCACCGAGAUACUCAGACAGGCUUUGAUGGCUGCAUCGCCUCUGUGCUGUUCGGCGCGCAGAGUCUGCCUUUCAGCGGGAAGCACAGCUUGGCCUCCAUCUCCAAGACGGACCCCUCGGUGAAGACUGGCUGUCGCGGGCCCAACGUGUGUGCCAGCAACCCCUGCUGGGGCGACUUGCUGUGCAUUAACCAGUGGCAUGCCUACAAGUGCGCCCCCCCAGGGGACUGCGCCUCGCACCCCUGCCAGAACGGGGGCAGCUGCGAGCCAGGCCUGCACUCGGGCUUCACCUGCAGCUGCCCCGACUCGCACACGGGGAGCGCCUGCGAGACGGCGGUGGCCUGCCUGGGUGUCCUGUGUCCCCAGGGGAGGCUGUGCAAAGCCGGGAGUCCCGGCGGGCACGUCUGCGUGCUGAGCCCGGGCCCGGAGGAGCUCUCCCUGCCCCUGUGGGCCGUGCCCGCCAUCGUGGGCAGCUGUGCCACCGUCCUGGCCCUCCUGGUGCUCAGCCUGAUUCUGUGUAACCAGUGCCGGGGCAAGAAGGCCCGACGCCCCCAAGAGGAGAAGCAGCCCAAGGAGAAGAAGAAGAAGGGGAGCGAGAACGUUGCCUUCGACGACCCCGACAACAUCCCCCCGUACGGGGACGACAUGACGGUGAGGAAGCAGCCUGAGGGGAACCCCAAGCCGGACAUCAUCGAGCGGGAGAACCCCUACCUCAUCUACGACGAGACCGACCUCCCGCCCGGCGCCGAGACCGUGCCCAGCGCCCCGCUGGCGUCGCCGGAGCAGGAGCUCGAGCACUACGACAUCGACAACGCCAGCAGCAUCGCGCCGUCGGACGCCGACAUCGUGCAGCACUACAGGCAGUUCCGCAGCCACACGCCCAAGUUCUCCAUCCAGCGCCACAGCCCGCUGGGCUUCGCCAGGCCGUCGCCCCUGCCGCUGGGGGCCGGCGGCCUGGGCUACCAGCCGGCGUACGGCCAGGCGCUGCGCGGCGGCUCGCUGGGCCACGCGGCCUGGCAGCCCGGCGGCCCGGGGGCGCUGGACGCCGCGCCGCCCAUCGGCCUGUCGGUGGAGGAGGUGGAGCGGCUGAACGCGCCGCGGCCGCGCAACCCCAGCAUCUGCAGCGCCGACCACGGCCGCUCCUCCUCCGAGGACGACUGCCGGCGGCCGCUGUCCCGGACGCGGAACCCGGCCGACGGCCUCCCGGCGCCCGACUCGUCCUCCGACAGCGACUCGCACGAGUCGUUCACGUGCUCGGAGAUGGAGUACGACCGCGAGAGGCCGGCGGCCUUCACGUCCCGCGUGCCCAAGCUGUCGCAGGUCAACGAGUCGGACGCGGACGACGAGGACCGCUGCGGCGCCAGGCCGAGGCCGCGCAGGCACCACGGCCGCCGGGCUGAGGGCGGCCCCGCGGGCGCCGCGGACGGCGCGCCGCCCCUGAAGCUCGGGCAGCCGGCGGGGGCCUUCGACUGGGACAGCCUUCUGAACUGGGGGCCCGGCUUCGGCCACUACGUAGACGUUUUCCAAGACCUGGCGUCUCUCCCAGAGAAAGCAGCAGCGAGCGAAGAAGGCAGAAGCGGGGCAGCACAGCCAGUCCCCCGAGACGGGGACGCGGAACAGUACGUGUGAUCGCCGGGAGCACGCAGACCCCCGUCGGCUGGGCCGCACCUGCAAAACCAGCCAGUAGGGACCGGCGGUGGCGGGAGACGUUCUAAAAAUAAUAACCACAAUGCUGCUGAAACGGACUCGAAAACGACUCUUAAUUUAAAUACGCUUGGUUGGAUUCCUUUUCUGGCAUGCCUUGUAUUGUGUAACUAGUUAUGUGGCAUGCGGCCUUUGGAAAGUUUUUUCUUAGUUACCAGUGUUCGGUUUGUGUUUUUUAAAAUUAAUACUGUUGCCAUUGCAGAAAUGAACUUGUGCUUUCACAGUGGGGUUUGUGUAUUGUUGCCAUUGUAUUAUUAUUAUUCUGGUUUGCAUUGCAAGAUCCUUGUAAAGUAUAGAAAGGAGCCCUCCUACCUUCCAAUGACAGACUGUUAACACUUCUCAGAAUUGUAGACGCCAUAUUCAGUGUUGCUUGGAAAUGUCUGAAUAGUUGAAUAAGUUUUACAUGACAGUGGGUACUAAAAUUAAGUCAUUUUGUUCAGCACUUUAGAACUUUCUUACAAAUUGUGUUAAAACUUCUGAACCUUUUUUUGUUUUGUUUUUGUAAACAGUGAUGGUCUUCUGACUCAUCAGGCUUCCACUAGAAACAAAAUGAUUGCAUGUUGUCCCCAAAACACUGCCACCUUCCUACUGUGGACUGAUGCUCUCAGCAGAGCUUCUCAGAGACAACUUUUAAAAAAUUAUUUAUUGAAAAAUGUUCUAUGCUUUUAAAAUUUUUAAAGAAUUGACCUAAGCAGAGCCUAUGAUUGGACUUAUUUUUCAACCACUUAACAUUUACCCUAAGUACCCAGUUUUUAUAAUUUAUAUAAAGUCAAAUUUCAACACUUCUUACUUUCUGGCAUUUUGUAGAUCGUUUUUUUAAUACUGUGUAAAAAGUUUUUUUUACACCUAAACUGUGUUUUUGAUACUGAUAUUUUCCUAUGCUGAAUAGUUUUCUUACUUUCAGGGAAAGUAAGAAAAUACUUUUUUUACAUUUGUUACUUAUGUAACGUUCAUAUUUUUCACAUUUUGAUAUUUGUAACAUACUGUAUGCUUUCUACUUGUAAAUGCCAACAAUAAAAUUAAAAUAUUUAU